AUGUCUGUUACAUUUUACACUGCAAAGAAUUAUGGAGGUGAAUCCGUCAAUUACGCACAAGGUACCAGUGUCGCCUUUUUACCAAACGACAAGUACAAUGAUAAGUUUUUAAGCUGUAAGGUUACUAGUGGAACUUGGGUCAAUGCAUACGAACACAAUGAUGCAUUCAACCCAGAAGCAGGAGCUCACGAAGAACUCCGUGGUGACAACCCCGAUCUUUCAUCUUUGAAUGGUCUAUCCAUGUUCCAAGUAUUGGCUGAUUCAUUUGGUUAUGCUAUUGACAUCAAGUUGGUUUGUGGUGGUUCAUUGUCCAGUGCUGCUGCUGGUUCCUACAAAAUGACUUUUAUUCCCUACCAAGUCAACCCAGUCACCACUAUGAAUGGUGAUGCAUACAUCCAAUGUCCAAUUCCAAAGUUAACCCCACCAGACUCUGAAAUUGUCUGCCAACUUUCCUGCCAGGAAACCGCAUGGCCAGGAGCAACCGUUGCCAACGGAUCUGUCUAUUUCAAGUACACUCCAAACACUGGUGUCAUCUCCUUCCGUAAAACUGAAGGUUUCCCAACCAACAUGGAUGUGACUCAAGAUGGUAAAACCAACUUUAUCUUUUCUCUCAACUCUAGACCAUAA